AAGUCAGGUUACACUGAUUACAACUGUUAGGCAAAGUACCUCUUGCAAUCAUGUCUUGCCCCCAUAAAGUGUGACACACACCAAGGCCCCACCCCCUCUAAUCAUCCAUAGCAUAAAAUGUUUCCUACACGUGUCUUAAUUCAAUUAUGAGACGAAUAAUUUUCAAAAUCCAGAGCCCAUGACAGUUUCCAGCUGUCAGAGUACUGGGCAGUCGGCCUUGUUCUGUGGCUAUAUUAACAGACCCUAAUUAAGUCAUAGAUAAUCCCCAUGGCACUGGUGUCGAUGCUCUGCACCCAAUGGCCAGACUAUUACUGAUUAUUUAUGAAGAGAUGAGGUGCCCCGUCCCCGGAAGCUCGCUGUGACGCGGGGCCUCCGCCACUUCCGUCCCCACAGAAACCUCCUGGGUCUGAGUAAGGUUGCAGUUCAUGCGACUCGGUGCCUGCGGUUAGUGGCCGCCUACCACUGGAAGGAAGAUUCUUCAAGCAAGCAUUAUGUCAACCGACACAGAUCUUUCUCUUUCUUCAUAUGAUGAAGAUCAGGGAUCCAAAUUUAUCCGAAAAGCUAAAGAGGCACCAUUUGUCCCCAUUGGAAUGGCAGGUUUUGCAGCAAUUGUCGCAUAUGGAUUAUACAGAUUGAAGAGCAGGGGAAAUACUAAAAUGUCCCUUCAUCUGAUCCACAUGCGUGUGGCAGCCCAAGGCUUUGUUGUGGGAGCAAUGACUCUUGGUAUGGGCUAUUCCAUGUAUCGGGAAUUCUGGGCAAAACCUAAACCUUAGAAGAAGAGAUGCUGUCUUGGUCUUGUUGGAGGAGUUUGUUUUAUUAUUGAGGUUACUUAUCUGUGUCAAAAAUAAAUUAUUUGAAUGGGUUCAGA